AUGCUCAAAUCCCUGCAUAUCAUCCCCACAUUCUCCGAUAACCCCGCCGCGAACGCUAAGACCAUCCGCGCGCUCGAUUACUUUGAUUUUAUCCAGAUCUACCCCGGGAAUAAGACAUCGCAUUUCUCGAAAAUUCAACAGACGAGCAGUGUCGCUUACGAGGAUAUGCUGUUCUUCGAUGAUGAGGCGCGGAACCGAAACGUGGAGACGGAGUUGGGGGUCACAUUUUGCUUGGUGCGCGAUGGGAUGACCAGGGAGGAGGUCGACCGGGGCGUUCGAGCUUGGAGAAAGCGUAGUGGUAUCAAACUAGAGACAGCGGAGGAAUCAUGA